AUGUUGUUGCUAUCAGGAAUUGACACAAUUUUUGAUAUUGAAGAAGAAGAAAAUAUGAAUAUUAGUGAUAACAGUGAUAAUGGGCUUAAUGAUAUGCUUAACCAAAUCCUAGAUGCAACAGAUAGUGUUGGUCAAGUAAGUGAAAGACAAGAUAAUGAUAUAAUACAGCAAGAAUCAUCAGAAACAGAAAGGUUCAAAACGUAUUAUCUUUCAGUUAAAGAAUAUACAGAAUGGAUUAGAAAUCUAGAAAGAGCUAGGCUUAGUUAUAAUAAACAUGACUAUAAGUGGCAUACUGGUGGCUCAAGAAAAAAAACCAAUGGUCAGAAAG